GCCCAUCAGGAAUAACGGUCCCUCGUCAAGCUAUUUUCAAGGCUUAAUCACUGUUAUUUUCUUUGGAUCCACGACGCACCACUUUACCAUUUCUCUUUCACGUUCGGUCUUCUAACCAGCUGUUUGGAGGAUCACACUGACACUCUGAUACCGGAGCCUGUCUGUGUGCUGCUGAUUGAAGGAGCCGAGCCCAUGCGGACUGCAUGCCAUCUGACCUAGCCCACUCUUAUCAAUGAAGCAGGAGAUCAUGGCGGAGGGUCCCCGGUGUAAGAGGCGAAAACAAUCCAACCCACAGAGAAAGAACGCAGUGCUGAACUAUGAGAAUGCGGUGGAGACGCGCUCAGAGACAGACGAGGACGACAGGACUUUGGACUUUGAGGAGAAUGACCUGACCAAUGGGAAGAAGGCUGGCAGCCCUGUUGGGGCCGGUGUGCCCAACCCGGAGGCUUCACCCAGGGUGGGCCAUGCCCUGCUGUCCUAUAGGGGUGGUGCAGAGGAGGGCUCGGAAGGUAGAGACGGGAGGCAGAACCAACACCACGCCUGGCGCCUGGGAGAAAACCCACAUGGACAUUUCAAUGGGAAUGAUGAAAGGAAAGAUGAAUAUGAACCCUUGGGGCCAGAGGACACUUUUCCCUCUGUUGGAAACAGUACAGGCAAGGGUAUGGAUGGAGUGUUGGAGCUGGAUGACUACUUCACUAAGCGUAGCAAACUGGAGGAGAGUGACGGUCACUCGGCCAGUAUUGCGGAGUACCUUCAGCGUGGAGACACCGCCAUCAUUUAUCCAGAAGCGCCAGAGGAAGUGACACGACUUGGAACUCCUGAGGCCAUAGGGCAAGACGAAAACGAAAACGAACUGCCACCUGGGACUCCAGAUGCUUUCGCCCAACUGUUGACUUGCCCUUACUGCGACCGAGGCUACAAGCGGCAGACGUCUCUCAAGGAGCACAUCAAGUACAGACACGAGAAGAACGAGGAGAGUGUGCCCUGCCCCCUGUGCAGUGAGACCUUCUCCCACCGGACACAGCUUGAGAGACAUAUGACCACGCACAAGCCAGGGAGAGAUCAGCCCCAGCUGCUGAAUGAAGGGGCCGGCAACCGCAAGUUCAAAUGCAUUGAGUGUGGAAAAGCCUUCAAAUACAAACAUCAUUUGAAGGAGCAUCUCCGCAUUCACAGCGGUGAGAAGCCAUACGAGUGUUCCAACUGCAAGAAGCGCUUCUCCCAUUCUGGCUCCUACAGCUCCCACAUCAGCAGCAAGAAAUGCAUCGGCCUGAUCUCUGUCAAUGGACGUGUACGUAAUGGAGGGGGCAAUGGCAAGGCUGGCUCCUCCCCCAACUCCAACUCUUCCUCGCCAGGAAGCCCCACCCUGGCUCAGCUCCGCCACAAGUUGGAGAACGGACGUCCCAUGGGCCCCCAAGAUCAGCACGGUCACAUGGACAUAAAGGCAGAGCCCAUGGACUUCAAUGACUACCGGCUACUGAUGGCCUCCCAGUAUGGCGUCGCAGCGCCUGGGAGCUACAUGAACGGAGCCGGUCGAGGAAGCAGCCCCGUUGGGUUCCACGGUUCAUCCCAGAGCCCCCUGCAGCACCUUGGUGGGAUGGGGUUGGACCUGCCCUUGCUUGGCUACGGUUCCCUGGGGAACAACCUGAGUGAGGUGCAGAAGGUACUCCAGAUCGUGGACAACACAGUGUGUCGACAAAAGAUGGAUGGAAACCCAGAGGAGAUAUCCAAGCUCAGGGCCUACAUGAAAGAGCUGGGAGCCCAGAUGGAGGAGCAGAAGCUGGCCCUGGCCUCCCCACGUACCAGCUUCCAAGUGGUCAGCCACGGCAGCCCCACCAAGAGCAUCAUAGACUACACCCUGGAGAAGGUGAACGAGGCCAAGAGCCUGAUCGAUGACUCCAAGAGGCAUAUCAGCACGGACAUGAAGAAGGAUCGGCUCAACCACUCAACAGAUCCAGAGGACAAGCCACACCAUGAGAGCCACCAGGUACCAUUCCUGCCAUUCUCCUGUCAGUUCUGCAAGGAGACUUUCCCAGGGCCAAUACCACUGCACCAGCACGAACGGUACCUGUGUAAGAAGAACGAGGAAAUCAACCACCUCCAGCCCAGCGAGGGCGUUCCUCCCAGCCGCAGGGGGGUCUUCCCGUCAGAGCAACAGGCUGCUCUGAUCUCCUCUUUGUCCGAGAGGGGCGCCACCAGCCCUGUGAACCCCUUUAAGGACCAUGUGUCGGUGCUCAAGGCGUACUUUGCCAUGAACACUGAUCCCAACGCAGAGGAGCUGCUGAAGAUCUCCAUCGCAGUUGGUCUCCCGCAGGAGUUUGUCAAAGAGUGGUUCUCCCAGUGGAAGAAUCAGCAGCAGCAACACAACAGCAACGCCAACCAGAGGAAGCGGUCGCCACCACCAGAUAGAAGCAGUGCAGAGGAGCACAACCAACUCAGCUUGGCGAGGUCGCCAAUGUCCAUGGCGCAACACGUGGACCGCAUCAUGGCACUAUCUGAUUUACAUAGCGGUAACACCAACGGCGACCGUGAGGCUUCCCACAGACACUCAAAGACUAACCAGUUUACAGCCAAUAGGCAGACGGGAGACAAACCACUAGACCCCUUGGACCACCUUAGGAGCAGCACUCCAUCUCCUCUCAAUCUCUCCUCCACUUCUUCUAAAAACUCCCAGAGCAGCUCGUACACUCCAAACAGCCUGACGUCUGAAGGGGACAUCCACGGCGGGGACGCCCCUUUGGACCUUUCUUUGCCAAAACACAUGAUGAGCAAGAGCAUCUCACAGGGAGAAAAGAGGUCUAAACCAAACGGAUAUGUCUCAGACCGUAACAGUGACCACCACCAUUCCAGCCGGGAGCAGGGGACUGAGCCCAUGGACUUAGCCCACAUCAAGAAGGAGUUCUUAAGCUCGGAGAGAGACAACGGCGGGAACAGCGGCCACCAGAUGGAGAAGAGUGCCAGCCCCAUUUUCGGCAUCAACCCUUUUGGUGGUGGUCACAUGUACACAUCUCUGCCCCCACAUGGAGCGUUCCCCCCACCUAGUUUCAUGCAGGCCCAGGCCAGCAUCCCAGGCCUGAGGCCAUACCCUGGGCUUGAUCCAAUGAGCUUCCUGCCCCAUAUGGCAUAUACUUAUGCAACUGGGGCGGCUACAUUUGCUGAAAUGCAACACAGGUCGAGGAAAUACCAACGGAAACCAGGUUUUCAGGGGGAGCUACUGGACAGCACUGCAGACUAUCUGUCAGGCCUGGAGGACCUGACAGAAGAAUCGCUCCUCUCCCGGAAGAAGAUUAAGAAGACAGAAAGUGGUAUGUACGCGUGUGACUUGUGCGACAAAACAUUCCAGAAGACCAGUUCCCUCCUAAGACACAAAUAUGAGCACACAGGCAAGCGGCCACACCAGUGCACAAUCUGUAAGAAGGCCUUCAAACAUAAGCACCACCUCAUAGAGCACUCGCGCCUGCACUCGGGCGAAAAGCCCUACCAAUGCGACAAGUGUGGCAAGCGCUUUUCUCACUCGGGCUCCUACUCCCAGCACAUGAACCAUCGCUACUCCUACUGCAAGAGGGAGGCCGAGGAGAGGGAGGCGGCAGAGAGGGAGGCCCGGGAUAAGGGCCAGGGCCCACUGGAGCCCACAGAGCUACUAAUGAGGAGAGCCUACCUGCAGGGUCUGGGGCCACUGGGCUACUCGGACCCCGAUGACCAGCCGGAGGACAUGGGGGGCACCAUCAUGAGGAACGGCACAGAAGGAGGGAUGAGGGGAGGACGAGGAGAAAGGGAAGUGGACGAGACGUACGAGGAGGUGACAGACAGUCGGGAGAUGGGAGGUUUCAGGGAAGGAGAGGAGGAAGAGGACGAGGGUGACAGCAGGAUGGACGUGAGGGACGACGAGGGGAAAGAUGCAGAGCAUUCAAUGGAUGAGAGUUCAAGAGAAGGGAAAACAGACACCAAGUCGGACCAGGAGGAAGCAGAUUAAGUUAAUAAUGCAGUCAGUCGAAAAGAAGCUUUCAGCAGAUAAUUGUGAUGUUGGUUUGUUUCAUUUCCUUUUUCCUAUCUUCCAGCAAACAUGAAACUUGCUUCGUUUUCAGAAAGGCACUGCAGUGGCUCAGUCAAGCAAGCAAGCACUUGCCUCUAGCUUCUCAGAAGCACAUGAUGAUGGACUCAUGCAAUGUGGUGACUGCCAACAUCAGAACUGUGAUGAAAAGCUGGGUGGGAUUGUUUAAGAAUCCACAUUAUGCAAAAAAUGAAGUAAUAAUGAUUAUCAUUAUAAUAAAAAAAAAAAUGAAGCUGUUUUUAAUGUACAGUAUUAAAGGCCUAAAAGCUGUGUGGUGCUAUAAUGUUCUUAACCCUUGUGUUUCAUUGUGUUCAUACCCCACAACCAGGAAAUUGCACUCUGCCCCUUUAAUCACUACAAAAAUAAUUUUUGGAGAAAAAAAAGCCUAUGUAUUUAUACCGUGCUUGAAGACUCGGUAGCAGUCCGUCAGUGUUGUACUUUGUCUACCACUUUACUGUGAUGUCCUUGGUUCGACCCUCCUUUUUGCCCGGCAAACUAACCACACAAUUUUGGGCCUCACAAAUUUCUUUAUGUGAAGAAAACUUUAAACCUGUGUGAUUUUGAUAUGUUGUGAGUCUUAAAAUGGACCGGAAAGGAGUGAUGGAAUGAAGGAGAGAAUAGUGAAAUAUGGAGGGCUCCGUAUGACAGACAGAGCCUUUGUAUGUUUUAUUUUCUCAAGAGAAAGCCUUAUAUGCAAACCUUUUCACCUGUGCGUUUCUGCAAGUGCCAUCCUUGUACAGUGUAAAUCAGAGUUGACUUGUGUUAUCUUUGCAAUGGCUUCAGUAUUAAAUAAAUAUUUCACCUUGUUUUUUGAAGUACCUAUGUCAGUAUUAGCAUAGUGACAGCAGUUUGUUAGUUUACAUAUGUUUGUGCAAUUUUCUGUAUUUUUCAUGACCUUUUGUUAGUAUUACUUUGUUUUUGUUGAUUUUUUUUCCAAGCAUAAAUUACGUUUUGUUUUUAUUUUAAGAUUUCCAUUUUAUUUAUGUGACUCAUUUUAUAUUUCCUAAUUUUAUUUAUUUCAUACUGUAGUGUACAGUAUUAUAGUUCCUCAACAAAUAGAUAUAUUUUAGUAAAGGAUUCUGUCACUGUCUAUUGGAGCAAAUUAUAAAUAGAGCAUUCUAUGGUAUUUGAAAAAAAAAAAAAAACAUUAAUUGUUAAAAUUUUCAGUAUUGUACUUAUUGUUUUAUUUCCUUUCAACUACUGGAAAUUCUAAAUUUGGGGAACUUUUGAUACAAUAUUGUGAAAACACUGUAUUUUUUGACAAUAAAAAUCCACUAUUCAUCCAGGUAAAGAGGUGAUGAUAGAGGGACUGUUGAUGAUGAAAAAUUCCUGAAAUGUCUGACGUAAUGAAUUUUUAAUUUCUCUUGGAAAUUACCAUGCUCGAAUAAAUGUAGCCAAAUUAAAUUUUAAUAAAGCUGUGUUAUUCUU